AUGCGAAACCUAUCCGGUGACCAGAUUAGCAACGACCUCCUACGCACUCUGUUCCUCGAGCACAUGCCGCAAAACGUGCGUGGCAUAUUAGCAGCAGCCGCCAGCCAGGAUUUAGCGCAGCUAGCAACGUUAGCCGACAAAGUCGCGGAAGCAUUCAACACAACCAAUCAGGUAAUGGCAGUGACGGCAUGUGAACAACAAUCGACGCCCGAUAGUGGAAGGCUAGCCGACGAGGUGAAACAAAUUAAAGACCAACUGGAGGCACUGAGCGUACAGCUGAAGGAAAACAACGAACGAGGACGCAGUCGCACGCGAAGCAGGUCCAGGCCGCGAUACCACUCAUCAAGGUCGAGGGGACGCAUUGUAAAUAUCGGCACAUGCUACUACCACCAAAAAUUUGGCGCGCAAGCCUAUUGCUGCCGGAAACCAUGUGACUGGAAGGCACCACUUCCGGCUACGUCACCUACGACGUCAGCGACAAAGGAAAACUAA